AGUUUAUACUGGUUUUGCACAGCUUGAUGAGGAGCCGUGUGCUUUUACAUAUAACAUGCGGUGUUUGAGAAUCAAGACAUUACGACUUCAUCAGUGAACAGAUGUAGUACGCAAUAAUGUGGAAGAUAUAUCUCAUUUGUUUGUCGAACUUGUUCGUACUAAACUUAGAGUAUGUGCAAUGUACAUCUGACUACUUGUUCAAUGUGAACGCGAAUGGUUGGCUGAAAGUGCACACGAUACCCGCCACAUGGGAGCAAGCAUUCCUUCGAUGUCACUAUGAAGGCGCUGUGCUCGCGUCCCCAUUGACUAAGGAAAUGGGGAAGGCCCUUUUUGAGAAGACCUUACGAAUGGACCUCGAGCAAACAAUCCACUUAGGGACGCACGAUUUGAAUUCUAAAGGAGACUUCUUUUCUGUAGAAGGAGUGCCACUUGACAGCUUGGUGCUGAGUUGGAGUAAGGUCAAGGGUACGGGCGACUGCCUCGCCAUGACUAGUGAUGGUCUUGCAGUCUUGGCGCAAUGUACGGAACCUCGACCCUACAUCUGCUACAAGAAGCUGGAUAACCUGACGAUGAACAUCUGUGGAACAUUUGAUGAUGCGUAUCAAUUCAAUGAGAAGACUGGCAGCUGCUACAAGACACACGUCCAGAAACAGACAUGGUCUGAUGCAUACAAGAUAUGCGCUGCCGAGGGAGGGUACCUGCUCAUCCUGAACGACGCCACAGAGGUUGCCGUCGUUCAGGAAAUGUUCCCUAAACGGUCAGGGAAAGAUGCCCAUCAGUACGAUAGGUUCCACGUGGGGCUGCGGGCAUGGGGACACGAACGCACUUGGAUCACUGUUCGCGGUGAAAGGAUAGAAAGCGUGUACAACAAAUGGAACCCAGGCCAGCCGGAUAACUUCCAGGGGGUGCAGGAUAGAGGGGCUUUUAUGAAAAUCGGUACUUUCGACGACCACGGCGCAAACGCCGUGUGUAUGUUUGUCUGUGAGAAAGAUCCCCAUGUGAAACGCUUCGAAGAGUUGCCUGGAGAACUGACACAUAUAGGACAAUAAGGGAGUCAUGCUACCUAUGUUGCUGUUGUGUUGAGCUUCUUUCAAUAUUUGUUCUUUAUUUCAUUUUUUGUAUAUGUUACCUAACAAACAUAUGUGAUUGUAAUUAAACGGUCAAUAUUUUUGCUUA